AUGCUUAUUUUAUUGAGUAUACUGCUGGUGUACUUUCUGGAGCUGUGUCCAAGUUUGUUUGGACGAUUUGAAUGUCCUUUAAACUAUACUUGCAAAGCUAAUGAAUGUUAUUCUAGCACUAACCAAACAGCACCAAAUGAUUGCAAACAGGUCAAGUGUGAUUCCAGUUCUAGAUUUUUAUGUCAGGGACGAUGCUACGAAGCCAAAGGUCUGCCAUGCAAUCGAAAUGUCGAAGUGUCUAAAAAUCACUUUAAAUCUGUGAAUUCUUUCUGUGGUUUGAAUGGAAAAUGUGUGAAUGGCCGAUGUGUGGAAGAUAAAUGUUUGGGGAUUACCUGCCGAACAGAUGAAAUGUGUAGAGAUGGUAUUUGCGCCACCGUAACAAACACUUUUUGUAUAAGUUCUUUCGACUGCGGUCCAUUAUUUGAAUGCAAUGGUAGCAGAUGUGUGCCACUUGAGAAAUCAUUACCAUGCAAAUGUAAUCCUGGUGAACUUUGUCAACAACGCCAAUGCAUUCAGAACCCAGGUUGCUCACACAUCACUUGUAAAAAGGGCAUGUCGUGUGUACAAGGAAUAUGUCAGUCAAACAUAGGUCGAGACUGUACCUACUCAUCAUGUGAGGAAGGGACGAUUUGUGUAGAAGGACGAUGUGUUCUAGAUCCAUGUAUUGAUCGCUGUCCAUCUGACCAUAUUUGCCGAGAAGGUCAAUGUAGACAUAUUCAAGGCUUACCGUGUCAUAUUGAAUGCCCCGAAACAUAUGUUUGUGUCGAUGGACGUUGUACAAAAGAUGGAUGCUAUGGGAAUAGCUGCCAAAUUGGUGAAGCUUGCGAAAAUGGCUUUUGUAUCAGAGUCGAAGGUAGAUUAUGCAGUUUAGCAGUUCGGGAGUGUGCUGAGCACUUUGAUUGUAUUUCUGGCACCUGUCAUGAUAUGUUUUCGCCCAAUUCCACGUAUGAAUCAAUAUCUAUGAGUUAA